ACAAUCAGUCCGCAGAUGUGCGCCACAAUCGCAUUACGCCGGAAAAUGCACCCAAACAUUUAGGUGGUGCUGGUGUUUUGUACGACCAGCCAUUCAUAUAACUGCUGAAUACUCGCUGAAGGGACGUCUCGCGCAUUAGUACUUCUACAAGAUGAGCAAUUUCAAAACUACUGGUCAGGAGAACGACCGCGGUCAGUUAAACGAUGAGCUACACAGGACUACAGCGCACAACUGGGAGGAAUAUAAACAGCACAGUGUGUGGGACGACGGGACAAACACAUUUUUCUGGAGAGCUCACACGUUAACUGUACUGUUUCUAAUGACGUGCAGCCUCCUCUACGUUGCUGUCUUUGAGGAACCAAACUCUGAUUCAAAUUACAAUGCAAAAAGGGGACUAAUAGCUGUGGUGUGUGCCUUCCUUCUGUUUGGAGUUAUACAGACACCUGAUGGUCCAUUCAAGCGACCCCACCCCGUUGUGUGGCGGUUUGUCUUCUGCAUAUCAAUUCUGUACGAGCUUGCCCUGAUAUUCAUACUCUUCCAGACAGUGGGCGAUGCACGCAAGCUGAUGGUACAGAUGGAAAGCAGUCUGGGCAAGCCACUGCCCGAGCAGAGCUAUGGUGAUGACUGUACCGUCUAUGACCCAAAUCACCCAGAUGGAGCCUUUCACAAUGUGUGGGAUAAAAUUGACUGCUUCGUACCUUCACAUUUCAUCGGAUGGUACGCAAAGACACUCAUAAUGCGUGACUACUGGCUAUGCAUGGUCAUCAGCAUCAUGUUUGAAGUGCUAGAGUAUACACUGGAGCACCAGCUGCCCAACUUCAGCGAAUGCUGGUGGGAUCAUUGGAUCAUGGAUGUGCUGGUCUGUAACGGUCUCGGCAUCUACUUUGGAAUGAUGACGCUCAACUAUUUGAAGAUAAAACCGUACCACUGGCGCGGUCUGUGGAGUAUACCAGGAUACAGGUGUGUCAUUGACACUUUCAUUCCUCCAUCCGUGUUUGUUGCGCCUUCUUGCAGGCAGUGCAGGAAGCUCGGCAGGCAGGCAUGGCUCCUGGCAGCCAUGCUUAUCACCGAACUGCUCAUCGUCGUCAAGUUCGGCUCGGCGACGGUUACGAAGCCGCUGCCACGGCACAUGCAGCUGUUCUGGACGUGGGCGCUCCUACUGCUUGUCAUCUACACCGUCUGGCGCUUCUUCAUCGCCAAGGGCCGCGACGCGACGACGACGACGACGACGCGCGACAAGAGAGCGUGCGCCGGCGGCAACGAGCAUCGGAGUGCGUUCGGCGAGUCGAUGGGCGACGGGGCGUGUUCGGACGGAGCGGCAGAUGGCGCCACUUGCUCAGUCCGCGUGAAGAAGUUGUCUUGAAAGCCUGCGUGCGGGGUGGGACCUUUCGAAGGAAGAUGUGCCAGCAUCCUGCCAUAAUCAGAGUGUUGUGGGUGGCGUGUAUAUGUGUGGCCAUCCUGCUUCUAGGAAUGCUCCAGCCAGGAGCAGUUAGGUUCUGCGUGGGCAGUACGAUCUUUCCGACACUUUGCAUCUUCCAUGUACGUUUACGUACUCUUGACGUGAUCUGUGCCACUGUUAUUUUUUUAGAGACUUGCAAUCACGUUGCCUUUAUAUCAUGUUAGCCUGAUAUUUUGCUAUUGUCCUUGCCCGCCACGUUCACGUAUACGAAGUUGAAUUUUAUUUAUCCAUGUUGUUUAAUAUUUCGUACGUAUUUGUUGGUUGGGCUGUUAUUCACAAGUACACUUAUAUAGUUUUUUUUUUUUUAACGAAUAAACGUUGUUUUCCUGUUUGCAUAUUUUCAAGUGUAUGGUUGUGAUUACAUUUUGUAGCUAGUAUUUAUUUGGCAUGUGGAUAGAGGUUCAUGCUAUAGUAUGGUCGUGAUUUCUUUAUUAAUCUGCCUUCAUACAAAGCAGUGUAUAGGAGGACUAGAAUGUCUGCACGUGUCUGCAUGGACAUAAUAAUCGGGGUAAAUAUACCGUUUGCUAUUCACUUUCCGUGCAAAUUGCAUUAUGAAAUUGUAACCACACACGCAUUCCACCAAUUAGAAAAUUAUAUUAGAGGUCAAGAGUUUGUUGUAUUGUGUAGCUGCGAUAAGAUAUCCUAUCAUGUUUCGACAGAGAUUUAUUGGUUGUUGAGACACAAAAAGAUAUCUAAUAAAUAUGACCGCUAAUAAAUAUCGCUAUACAUUGACACUAUAUAUAUGAUUGAGGUUCCGUGCUAAUCGUACUUAUAUCCAGCCAACUUGUGAAUUAUAUAUAUUUUGUGUGAUUUCGUGAUGCGCUUUAUAUUUUUUGUGUAGAAAAUUAUCUACUGAUGGGUAAAAUCAGAAUGAAGUGAAAUAAAUCCAUGACAACUCAUAAUAAUAUUAUGUUGGACAAUAAUC